AUGACGACGCUGCUCCGUUUUGCACCGUCGCCGACUGGCGCGCUUCACCUUGGAGGGCUGCGCACGGCGCUCUUCAAUCACCUUUACGCGCGAAAGCUCGGAGGGAAAUGGAUCUUGCGUAUAGAGGAUACAGAUGCUACCAGAGCUGUACCAGGGUCGGUGGAUGGCAUUAGGGAGGCGCUGAACUGGGCAGGGCUGGAGUACGACUACGGUCCGGAGAAGGGCGGUCCACAUGCCCCUUACUUUCAAUCGGAGCGUCUCGACCUUUAUCACACUCACGCCAAGAAGCUCAUCGAGUCAGGACACGCCUAUCGCUGCUUCUGCUCCCCUGACCGUCUUGCUGCCACCCGCGAAUCACUCGCGCGCGUAGGCUCCAACGCGACAUACGACAAGGCCUGUCUCAACUUGACGGAAGAAGAAGUAGCGCGUCGCGUACGCGCGGGAGAAAAGCAUAUAGUGCGCCUCAACGACAGCAACCUUCCCCAUCGGUCUACCCCUCCAGAUCUCAUCUUCGGAAACGUACGCGACGCGCACGCCUCGCUCCCCACGGACCCUGUUCUCCUCAAAACGGACCUCUUCCCCACCUACCACCUCGCAUCCGUGGUCGAUGACCAUUCAAUGGGCAUCACGCACGUCCUGCGCGGCGAGGAAUGGCUGCCUUCUUUACCACUUCAUCUAGACCUGUACGCAUGCCUCGGCUUGCAUCCACCAGAGUUCGCGCAUCUGCCGCUCUUGCUCAACCCGGACGGGACGAAAAUGUCGAAACGCAAAGGGGACGUCCACGUCGCAGAUUUCAUGAAACGAGGGUGGGAGCCGGAAGCUGUCUUAAACUGGCUCGCCCUGGCCGGAUGGGGUGUUCAGCACGACCAUCCAGCUUCGUCACCCUCUGGCCAUGCAUCUCAUGGUCUCUUCCGGUCGACGUGGUCGGCGUUUAAGACCGCUCCAUCGAGCACGACCGUUCUCACCAUGUCGGACAUGAUCAGAGAUUUCGAUCUCAAGGCGCUGACGCAUCGACGUACGGUGCUGGAUCCCGCCAAGCUCGAGAUACUGAACAAGCAGCACCUCGCGCGCCGAUGGAACACGCCCGAUGGGCUCGAUGAGCUGGCGGGACGAGCGCACGGCCUCAUCAAAGACACCCCAUACACAUCGCAAGCAUACAUCAAGAAGGUCAUUCUGGCGCUCGAGAGCCGGCUGACGAAUCUCAACGCCCUCCCUGCACAUGGGGCAUUCUUCUUCGAGGAUCCCGACUUCACCUCCUCAGAGGCUCGGGGCAUGCUGAAGGGCGUAUCAUCGGACGACUACCAGUCAUCUCGACAAUCUGCCAUCUCAACGUUGACGGCCGUCGCCGUCGACGACUGGGAGAAAGUCGAUUUCAAUCUCCUCUUGCACGAGGAAUGCCAAGCCGCGAAAAUCAAGUCGAAAACCUACAUGACUACCAUCCGAUACGCAUUGAGCGGUGUCAAGACGGGUCCUAGCGUUCCCGAUAUAUUCCGUGUGCUGGGCCGAGAGCGGAGCAUCCACCGGUUGAUGAGCGCUCCGGCCUUUCCGGAACGAGGGGUCUAA